GUCAGGGCGGAGCUUGCGUCUGGGGGCGGGGCCUCUCGGGAGGGGCGGAGCUUCUGCGGCUCCCUCGCUGGGGGCCGGUGGCGGUCCCGGCUUCCGGCUGCCGCCCCUCCCCUCCUGUUGUGUAACCGUCCCUAGGCCCCCCCCCUCCUCCGAUUCGAUAUUUUAUUUUAUUUUUUUUCCCCCCUUUCCGUUUAGUUCCGGACGCUCCGGGACGAGGAGAAAGGUUCCUCCGCAAGACAGGACGUUCCCUCCCCGGGGGAGGGUGUGGUGUCGGGGGCCUCGGGGCUGCAGGCGAGGCCGGGGAUGCGCGGCCUGGCGCGGGCCGGGCCGGGCGCGGGGGAGGUGACGGGCGGACCCAGAUCCGGGGUAAUUUGCAUCGCCCUCCCCCCAGCCCGGGUGGGGAUUGGCCGGGCGGCCGCGGAGGGUGGCGCGGGGCCGGGCUCAGCGUCGCCCGCCGGGGCUCGGAGCCGCCAGCCCGCCGCAGCCAUCGUCACGGUCGCCGGGGCCCGCGCGCCGCCCGGGAAGGAGGUGUCGGCGCGGAAGAUGGCUGGCGGCGUGGACGGCCCCAUCGGGAUCCCGUUCCCGGACCACAGCAGCGACAUCCUGAGCGGCCUGAACGAGCAGCGGACGCAGGGGCUGCUGUGCGACGUGGUGAUCCUGGUGGAGGGCCGCGAGUUCCCCACGCACCGCUCGGUGCUGGCCGCCUGCAGCCAGUACUUCAAGAAGCUGUUCACGUCGGGCGCCGUCGUGGACCAGCAGAACGUGUACGAGAUCGACUUCGUGAGCGCCGAGGCGCUGACGGCGCUCAUGGACUUCGCCUACACCGCCACGCUCACGGUCAGCACGGCCAACGUGGGCGACAUCCUGAGCGCCGCGCGGCUGCUGGAGAUCCCGGCCGUGAGCCACGUGUGCGCCGACCUGCUGGAGCGCCAGAUCCUGGCGGCCGACGACGCGGGCGACGCGGGCCAGCCCGACGGCGGGCCCACGGACCAGCGCAACCUGCUGCGCGCCAAGGAGUACCUGGAGUUCUUCCGCAGCAACCUGAACAGCCUGCCCCCCGCCGCCUUCCCGUGGUCCGGCUUCGCCCCCGAGGACGACCUGGACGCCACCAAGGACGCCGUGGCCGCCGCCGUGGCCGCCGUGGCCGGGGACUGCAACGGCUUGGACUUCUACGGCCCGGGGCCCCCGGCCGAGCGGCCCCCCGCGGGGGACGGACGAGGCGACAGCACCCCGGGGCUGUGGCCCGAGCGUGACGAGGACGCCCCCGCCGCGCUCUUCCCGCCGCCCGCCGCCCCGCCGGCCACCACGCAGAACGGCCACUACGGCCGCGCGGCCGCCGAGGAGGAGACGGCGGCGCUGUCCGAGGGCCCCGAGCCCGGCGACUCCCCGGGCUUCCUGUCGGGCGCAGCCGAGGGCGAGGACGGCGACACGGCCGACGUGGACGGGCUGGCGGCCAGCACGCUGCUGCAGCAGAUGAUGUCGUCGGUGGGCCGGGCAGGGGACAGCGACGAGGAGUCGCGCGCCGACGACAAGGGGGUCAUGGACUACUACCUGAAGUACUUCAGCGGCGCCCACGAGGGCGACGUGUACCCCGCCUGGUCGCAGAAGGGCGAGAAGAAGAUCCGGGCCAAGGCCUUCCAGAAGUGUCCCAUCUGCGAGAAGGUGAUCCAGGGCGCGGGCAAGCUGCCCCGCCACAUCCGCACGCACACGGGCGAGAAGCCCUACGAGUGCAACAUCUGCAAGGUCCGGUUCACCAGGCAGGACAAGCUGAAGGUCCACAUGCGGAAGCACACGGGCGAGAAGCCGUACCUGUGCCAGCAGUGCGGCGCGGCCUUCGCGCACAACUACGACCUGAAGAACCACAUGCGGGUGCACACGGGGCUGCGGCCUUACCAGUGCGACAGCUGCUGCAAGACCUUCGUGCGCUCCGACCACCUGCACAGACACCUCAAGAAGGACGGCUGCAACGGGGUCCCCUCGCGCCGCGGCCGCAAGCCCCGCGUGCGGGGCGUGCCCCCCGAUGUCCCCGCCGGGGCCGCCGCGCCCCCCGGGCUCCCCGACACCCCGCGCAACGGCCAGGAGAAGCACUUUAAGGACGAGGAGGAGGACGAGGACGAGGCCAGCCCCGACGGCCCGGGCCGUCUGAAUGUAGCGGGCAGCGUCGGCGUGGGCGGCGGCGACGGCACGGGUGGCCCCACGGUGGCCGCCCCCGAGGGUAACUUUGCAACCUGACUCUAUUCAGAACAGGACAACACAAACCAAAAAAACAAAACAAACAAACAAACUAAGCGAGAGAAGAGAAACCACACCCACCCCAGCCCCACGGCUGUCUGUCCAGACUCCCUCCCUCCACCCACGCGCGGACCUGUGUGCGUGUACAUACCCAUGGCCGUUGCGGGCGCGCCUGCCUUUCUCAGAUUCUUAGGACGUGGCCCCACCCGCUCCCGCGCCCCUCACCCCGUCCGCGUGGGGUCCCACCCCGGGGCCCCCUGCCUGCUCCUGGCUAAGGUGAGGUGAUGGGGACCCCAGGACAGGCGCCCGGCUCCUUGCUGGUUGGUUUUAGGGGUCUCAGACAGACCUUAAAUGCUGUGUCCACUGUGAGUGGACGUUAAAAUGGUCCCGGCUCCCCACCCUCCUUCCUCAGGGCACUUACUAAAGAGGGGGGGUCCCCCGGCCUCCCUGCUCCCGUCCCGCCUGUGGCCUCACACCCUCUGCACACCCCACCCUGGCCACCACUGACAUACGCGUCUAUUUAUUCCCAAGCCUGGGUGGCCAGAGCUGGGAUUUGGGGGGCCGCCGGGUCCCGCCACCCUUUCACGGCACUUAACACCUGGCGGGGUCCUCAGGGCACUGCUCAGGGCGACCCCCCUCCUGUCUCCGCUAGCCCGACCCCACCCCGUGUUCAGAGAUUAAAAAUUCGUCUUCACCCUGCGCCCCACUUUUUAAAGCACUUUUUAGAUCUCUUUCCCCCUUUCCUCCUUACAGACAGUUUAUAUAGAGAUAUAUAGAGAGAUAUAUAUAUAUAAAAUAUUCUUUCCCUCAGAGGAGCCGGCAGCAGGUGGGGGGGGCAUAGCCAAGGUCGGGGGACCCCAGGGACUCAGGCAGGGACAGGGAGAGCAAGAGAGGCCACAGCUUAAUGUCACAAAACAGCAAUAAAACCCCAAGAUUUUACUCAACACGAAGGGAGAACACAAAACCUUUAACAAAACGAAACCGAAAUCCACAGCAAAAGCGGAGACAGCCAGGUGGGGAUCUUGGCACUUUGUAACUGAACGGGUACUUUUCAUUCUUAAGAAAUGUUUACAAGUUGCACCCAGCUUCUAUGAAAAAUUGGCGAGAGAGAGCGAGCGAGCGAGCGCGAGAGAGAGAGAGAGCGAGCAGUGGAAAGUAACUAAGUCAAUUUAUUUUUGUAUAAAAUAAAAGAAACCCAACCCUUCGCUCCGUGUUCCCGAGGCUCAGGGCGGGGAGGCCAGGACGCCGUGGGGAGGGACCCCGGUCCCCGGGCUGCCCCCCGGCUCGCCACUUGCUUCCCAGCUCAGGGAUGUCCCCGAGAGGGCUGGCCCCGGCCAGCCGGACCCCCGGACCCCCAGGCCCCGGCCAGCCGGACCCCCGGACCCCCAGGCCCCGGCCAGCCGGACCCCGGACCCCCCAGGCGCCCCUCUUUUUACUCAAGGCACUGACUGUACCGGGGCCGGCACCUGACGCCCCACACCCGGCUUCCCCCCAAAGGCCCGGUGCGCCCGAGCCGCGGGUCGGGGCCGGGGUUCGGGUGGCGGGUGCCGGCGGGGGGGCCCCGGGUCCGUCGUCUGUUGACCACGUCCCCUCCGGUUUUAAAGGGAAGCCCGAUGAGAAGGCUCUUUCCAGGCUCGGGCAGGUUUCCCCUGUCGCCCUCCUGUCCCGCGAGCCCCCCGAUGUCUCAGGGUCCCCCUUGGGGCCAGCGGAGGGGCAGGCCCGGGGCGGGUGGUGCUGGCUCCCGCACCCCACUCCACGGCCGGGAACCGAGCUGCAGGCCCGGCAGCCCCGACCCUCCACCCUGCAAUAAUCCCACCCUAGCCGCACGCCACCCCGGCCGGGCCGCGGGCCCUGGCACCCCGGGAACUGCACUAACCCGCGCCCGCUCCGCAGCUUCCGCACCCGCCCGCCCGCCCGCCUUGCCUUAACCGCCCGCGCCGCCCGUCCCGGGCCGCAGCCACGCAUGGGCCCCGCCGGGCGCCUCCCCAGGCCCCCCACUGCAAUCACAUACUGUACAUAGAUGUGGAUCGAUUUCUACCAAUUUUUAUUCUCUCAAUUAAGGCCGUGAUAAAAGUUGCCAAAGAGAAUCGUGGAAUUCAGUCGAGUUUUGAGCGGAGAUGCUGUAGGAAGGUUUUUGAUUGGUUGGUCGGGGGUUUGUGUGUGUGUGUGUGUGUGUGUGUGUGUGUGUGUUUUGUUUUUCCUUUUUCUCUUUUUUAAAAUGCCUGGUACCAACAACAACAACAAAUAGGAAAAGGAGAGAGAGAGAGAACAAAUUCGUUUGUUCCAUCAUGGUGAAUUUCCGUGUGUGUGAGUGAGACGCAGAGAGGGUUCCGGGGACCCCAGGACUGGGGCGGGGACGCGGCCUGCUGCUGUCCCCAGCCUGUGACCUGAGCAUAGGCCACCCUGCCGAGUGCUGCUGCUCUUUGCCUUCCUACCCCGACUGGCCUUUCGAGAUUAAGAAAAAAUAAAAUAAAAAGGCAAAAAAAUAUUAAAAAAUGAAAAAAAUCUCUAUCUAUAGAAACCAAUGAAUGUAAACGGCAGCCGUGGCCCCGCCAAGCUGGGCUGCCCUGGGGGGUCGCUCGGGAGGACCCCCAGCGGCCUCCACCUUGUCACCCCGUGUGAGCACAGCUGACCUUCCUCCGGGUGCUCUGGCGGGUCCCCCGGGUGGGCGGCCUCGCGGUGCAGGUGGACCCCAGGCCGGCUGUCCAGGGUCUCCGCGGUGUCCACAGUGUGAGCAGCAGGGAUUGUAAGGGGGACAGGCUGAGAGGAAAAACAGAAAAAAACAAAAAAAGACAAAAACCGACAAAAAAA